UUACUGAUGAAAUACAGAUGGUGUCUCCAUGGAGUGCAUGCCUGUUGUUUGUGCACGUAUAAGCGCAUGCAUGUUCGCAUAUAAAAAGUGUCAGCUCAGUGCCUUUUUUGCUAAAUUGAAGCCAAAAGGAACAACAGACUUUCUUAGCAACAAACCAUCAACUGCGUUGGAUGUUACUCAGCUGCCUUCAAGGAAAUUUGUUCUGUCAUUCAUAACAGCUUCUGGUUGCCUUGCUCUAAUGGCUGAAUGGAGCUGGGUGGCCUACACAGUACUAGAAGUGCUUAUUGCUGCAGCAUGUUGCUUUGGUAAUGUGUUGGUGAUGUGUGCUGUGUAUUUCGGUAUCCGGGAUUCCCUUCGGGAACCAACAUUCUGCUUCCUCGUGUCAUUGGCAAUGGCUGACUUCCUUGUGGGUGUGGCCGCUGUGCCCCUUGCAGUAUUAUUGGAUGGCUGGGUGAGUCUAAUCCCUGAGUUGUGCCUGCUUCUCAGCUGUGUUGUGCUGGUGUUGACGCAGGCAUCUGUGCUGUCACUGCUAGCAAUUGCUGUGGACCGAUACCUGCGGUUGCACACACCACUCAGAUACAAAGCCUUGGCCACUCAAAGGCACACAUGGAUCGGCGUGUCUGUUUGCUGGAUACUUUCAUGUCUCCUUGGCUUCACGCCUCUAUUUGGCUGGCACAAUUACUCCUCCCCAGCAUCUGAUUCUACCAACACAUCUUCCACUUCUUUCAUCCAUCCGCCAUGCACUUUCCUCUCUGUUAUCUCCCUCCCUUUCAUGGUCUACUUCAACUUCCUCGGAUGUGUAAUGGCACCCCUGCUGGUCAUGACCCUCCUCUACACUCGAAUCUUUUGGAGCCUACAGGGACGUCUAAAGGACAGCUGCCCUCAGACCCAGGCCUCUCUGCUCAGGGAGAAGAGGCUGGCCUGCUCCCUGGCUCUCGUUCUCAUCUUGUUUGCUGGCUGCUGGAUUCCUCUCCACCUGAUGAACUGUCUGCUGUUGUUUCAAGGCCCUCAGGCUGUCACACAGGGAACGCUCUAUACAGGUAUUCUCCUGUCUCAUGCCAACUCAGCAGUCAACCCUGUGAUCUAUGCCUAUCGCAUUCCAAAGAUCCAGCAGGCCUACAGUCAAUUAUGGAGGCGCUUCCUUGCAUGGUUAAACUGUUGCCAUCGGAAAAAAGCAGGUGCGCAGAUCAUUAACAUGCAGCUAAACCAUUAACAUACACAUCUGGAUAAAGAUGGAACACCAGUCUCCAAUAAGGGGCCUUUUGGUCACUGAGUUCAAAGGACUUUGUAAGAAAGUUUCUGUCUACUCAUAGAAACUGUGUUCAACCAUCAUUUAAAGCUUUAUCAAAGCUAAUCACAUAGACUGGGGAAAGAAACCAGUUGAGAGUAAAUUCUAGUUACGGAUAUUUGUGUGGAAACUUUAUUCUACAAGUAGCAAUUUCCUGUGUCUCCACUAGAGGGCAGCAUACACUAACAAACGGUACAGCUCCUGUUCGAUGACAAUCACAACUGCAGUGUGUGACAAAUAAUUUCAAGUUGCCAUUCACUGAUUUUUGGACCACUUAUUUAACACAAACGUGACUUUAUUAAAAUGUACAUAUUUUAAAAGCACAUAAGUUAACAUUUUCAGUCAAUUCAACACUAAUCGUGUAAGUCCUGCGUGUCUUCCUCCUCCUUUUUUAUUAUAUCUGGCAAUAAAAUUCAUACUUGAGCCAUGAGCAUAUGUUCCUCAGUGUGCAGUGAGCUCCUCAGGGAAGGCAAUAGACUGUAUAGUUAUCACCUGAGCAGGGUGCAGUCCCACCCACCAAACUAUACAACCUACUACCUCACCCUGUCAGAGCCCAAGUCAAACACACCCCAGGUUCGCCUUUCGAAAAAUGUUGGACCUAUUUACCUGCUCGACGUGAAAACAAGAAUAAGACUGCUGAAAGCUCAUAUUUUUGCUUGGAGAUGGCAGUCGGCGAGUGGCUGACUCGGCUGUCUCUUGGGAAAGACAGUAGAUUGUAUAGUUAUUUAAAAAAGAGGUUACAAAACCCCACAACUAUUCAAUCUACUACCUCAGCUCCAAGGACAGCAUCCACGUUGCUUCAACAUCGAAGAUCCACAAAGGUAUCCUUCCUGCAAUGGCACAAAGAAAAAAAGCGCUCAAUAAUAUUAACUAACUUGUAACUGAAAUGCAUCUGGUUAUUAAAGUAUUAUUCUCAUGUACUUUUAAAAGUUAAAUUUUUCACAAUAUCUUCGAGUGACAUCUUGAAAUUCAACCUCUGCAAAAAGGAGCCUAGUUGCAUUUUCGCUUUUAUUC